GCCACGGCCACCUCCGACGGAGAGGCUCAGCCAUCCGCAUCCGAACGGUCCCCGGGGGCAGGGGGAAGGGGGACCGCGUCGGCUCGGUGGCCACGGGGGACUUCCAGCCGAGAGAUGCAUCUGUCGAGGCCCCCGUCGGGCCGUUGGCGGGGACCCGGGGGGGGGAAGGCGGGCCCGGGAGCCCCGGGGACUUCCAAAAACGAGGCGCACCCGUCCGCGUCCCCGUCAGGCCGUCGGCGAGGGGAGAGGGUCGGGUUGGCCGUCCGAAGCCGCGGACCGUCCGUCCCGGCCCCCGCCGCCCCUGGGGCAGAGGGUGGGCCGGGGGCGGACGCGCAGACCCGUGGCUCACUGUCGCCUUCUCUCCUUGCUCCCUGGCCCGCCGCUCCUGCUCCCGCCCGGACUCCAGAGUAGCCGCCGGUGGAGUGGCCUCCCCCGCCCUGGCCGCGGCCGGACGCUAUGGACGACCCCGCGGGCCGGCACGGUCUGUAGGAUGGUAGCACACAGUAAAGUGGCAGCCGACAAUGCAGUUGCAACAGACGCGAGACGGCGACCCGACCCAUCCCCAUCACCUCCUCCCAUCACUCCCGUCGCGACCCGGGCCGGCCGCCCCGGCCCGGACGCCCGGCCCCGGCGACCUCCCGCCGGCGCGUCCCGCCAUGGGGCGCCGGCGGCGCCGGCGGCGGGCGGCGCCGCCGCCCCGGGACCGGGCGACACCCACUUCCGCACCUUCCGCUCCCAGGCGGACUACUGCAGCAUCACCCGGGCCAGCGCCCUCUUGGACGCCUGUGGCUUCUACUGGGGGCCCCUGAGCGUGAACGUGGCCCACGAGAAGCUCAGGGACGAGCCCGUGGGGACCUUCCUGGUCCGGGACAGCCGGCAGAAGAACUGCUUCUUCGCCAUCAGCGUUAAGACGGCCACCGGGCCCACCAGCAUCCGCGUCAACUUCCAGGCCGGGCGCUUCAACCUGGACGGCAGCGGGGAGACCUUCGACUGCCUCUUCAAGCUGCUGGAGCAUUACCUGAGCUCGCCCCGCAAGGUGCUGGUGACCCCUCUGCGCCGGGUCAGGCUCCGGCCCCUGCAGGAGCUGUGCCGCAAGAGCAUCGUGGCCACCUUUGGGAGAGACAACCUGGGCGCCGUCCCCCUCAACCCCGUCCUCAAGGACUACCUGCGGUCGUUUCCUUUUAAGAUUUGAGUGGACCGCCCCCCUCCCGGCCCCCCGUCCGCCUCAACCCCCCGUCCUCCAGGACCAUCUGCAGUCGCUCCCCUUCCAGAUUCGAGAGGGGCCCCCCCGCCCCCGCCACCCCCGCCACCCUCCCGCCCUCCAUCCCCGGAACGGAAUCGCCGCCGCCUUAACUGUGGCUCCGGGGGUGGGAGGUGGGCGGGAGAGGGGACCGCUUCUGUUUUCGGGGGUUGAGACCCAAAACCACCAUGGGGGGGACCCGCGGUCGUCCCCGCCCCGGAGGCAGCCCCGUCUAUUUUUGUAGCAACUUACUGUAUUUUGGAGUAGAACUUGAACACCUGACUCAUGUUUACACACCACACAGAUCUUUGCACAAACCAGGGGGUUUAGGACCCUGGCUCUAUUUUUCUGCCAUGCAGAAUCGUAUAUUAUUUUAUAUUUUUAAUGAAGAUAAUGUAAUAAACUUUAUUAUGAAAGUUUUUUUUAAAAAAAAAAACCAGAGAGAGCGAU